AUGGAAAGGGCUUUUGCUGUUGAGGGAAGAAAUGUAAUUCUGAGGUGUAAUAUCUCUGGUAGUGAGCCGUUAGACAUAACAUGGACUAAUGGACAGCAAGUGUGGAAUGACAACACUGUCACAUUUGAACCAGUCAGCAGGAGUGAUACUUGUACUUAUAAUCUGACAGUGAGCAACGGAGAGGAAUGUAACAAAGCASAAACGAGUUACUACCUAGACGUGUAUUAUGUUCCCGAGUUAACACAUAUGGCAUUCUAUCCAAACAAAACUGCAUUUUGUCGUGGAGAUCAGAUACACGUCAACUGUACAGCAAGUGCAAAACCACAGGCUAAAUACUCGUUGUAUCAAAACGACGAACUGAUCAGCAGUAGUAGGAGUGGCAUUUUUGUUGUCGAUUUAARUACKUCAGGCAACAUCUCCUUURCGURUGUACCGAGUAAUGAAGCUGGAUAUGGGGWAAAUAGCAGCGUUACACUGGAAGUGAAAGGCUUACAUCCUCCGGAACUGAUUGUAUCUAGUAAUAAAAGCUACAGUCAGGCCAAUCCACUGGUAUUGUUCAACCUUAGCAUCAACGCAUGUCCCAGUAACACAUCCAUGUCUUGCAAUUCUUCUGCACCGAAUAUAUUGACUACCAUCACCAGCCAUGAUGYAGGRUUAAAUAGAAAACAGUAUUUGGUAUUCGUUAUCAUCCAGAAUGAUGUGGACAGUGCAAACAUUGUAUAUGGGAUUUCAUGGCUUGCUGCACCAGAUGAACACACCAACGUAGAACAAGGAAGUCCUCUUACACUGCGCUGGCAUUACAAGAUGGAUGGAAAGGAAACAUUUUUGUCCUCUGUGAUUAAAUGUCUUGAAUCAUACCCCUCAACCUUGGCUUCAAGACAUAUGAAUGAAGCUAACUAUGCCAAACAUCCUGAAAAUGCUUGUUGCAAAAGGGAGAAUUGUUCAUACUCAAUUUUUGGCAAAAAUAACGUUACUCUUACUGUGAACAGUGCUGCUCAUGGAUAUAAUAUCACCUACUGUUGUGAAGUUGUGAGGAGAUCUGUAUUUGGACAAAGAGAAGAGAAACGGUGUUCUAAAGUAUUCAUAUACGCUAAGCCACAAAUUACCUAUCAAUCUCCACAACUGUCCUGCAAGCAUGGUGACUGCAUCGACCUACAGUGUAAUGCAACAGGGAUCCCACCACCUAGUUUUUGGUGGACACACAAUGAUCCACCUCAACUGAUUGGCGGCUCUUCAUAUAUUUCAUUGGACAUAACUGGCAAAAGAUCAGAAGGGCGAUAUUGCUGUUAUGCAGAUAAUGGAUUCGGGAGAGAUACAGCCUGCACAGUAGUAAAUGUUACAGAAUACGAACCAGACAGCACAACACUACUGGUAAAACAGAUGAUUGUCGAUAGCAUUCAUACAAAUUGCACAGCUGAUGCUUCGCCUCCUUCAAGGUAUUUCAUUAUGACAAUUGAUGGUAAAGAGUAUAAUUCAAGUAAUGGAAUAAAGAUUUUCAAAGUAGCAGCUCCAGGAAAAAACAGAAGAGACCACAUAUCUGUCAGUUGUAUUCCAUUCAAUAAAUAUGGACAAGGACCAAUCAAGAAAGUUGUUUUUCCAGUGUAUGCUCUUCCAAGGUUCAAAACUACAAUACGCACUAAGUACAAUAUGACGGACAGUGGCAUAACUUUGCAAUGCAACACCACAGGAGUCCCAACUCCAAACAUUACUUGGACUAGCGGGGAUACUGGAAAAAUCGUAGGCACUGGAAAAUAUUACAAAGUCCCGUAUGUUAAGUGUGCUACAAAACCAAUGACGUUUUUCUGUCACGCAUGGAAUGAAAUGGGAAACAUAACCAGCCCAGAAAUACACGUAAAUGGUAAGUAG